CCAUUUCUCUCUCUCUUCUUUAACAUCUCUGGCUCUGCAUUUCUUGCAGUUCACGCUAAUCACCUGUGUUUGGUUCCCUUUCUCUCUCUCCAACAAUGGCAGAACAAGCCUGAACUUUCGUUCUUUUGUGUUUUGGUUUCCUCUGCUUUGUUGUUUCUGAAUCAAACUUCAGCGAGCUUCUUGGCUUAUUACCUCAAAAGGAAAGAAGAAAAAAAAUGAAGGAGAAGAUGCAGCGAAUGGUUUUAUGUUUAGCAAUGGUGAUUUUUCUGCUUCUUGGUGUUGCUUCUUCUAUGAACAACGAAGGGAAAGCUUUGAUGGCGAUAAAAGGCUCUUUCAGCAACUUAGUGAAUAUGCUUUUGGAUUGGGACGAUGUUCACAACACUGACUUCUGUUCUUGGAGAGGUGUCUACUGCGACAACGUUACCUUCUCCGUUGUCUCGCUAAAUCUGUCCAGUCUGAAUCUUGGAGGGGAGAUAUCUUCAGCUAUUGGAGAUCUAAGGAAUUUGGAAUCAAUAGACUUGCAAGGAAAUAAAUUGGCUGGUCAAAUUCCAGAUGAGAUUGGAAACUGUGCUUCUCUUGUUUAUCUGGAUUUAUCUGAUAAUCUGUUAUAUGGUGACAUACCUUUCUCAAUCUCGAAACUCAAGCAGCUUGAAACUCUGAAUCUGAAGAACAAUCAGCUCACAGGCCCAGUACCAGCAACCUUGACCCAGAUUCCAAACCUUAAGAGACUUGAUCUUGCAGGCAAUCAUCUAACGGGUGAGAUAUCGAGAUUGCUUUACUGGAAUGAAGUUUUGCAGUAUCUCGGUUUACGUGGGAAUAUGUUGACUGGAACGUUAUCUUCUGAUAUGUGUCAGCUAACCGGUUUGUGGUACUUUGAUGUGAGAGGAAAUAAUCUAACUGGAACUAUCCCUGAGAGCAUCGGAAAUUGCACAAGCUUUCAAAUCCUGGACAUAUCUUAUAAUCAGAUAACCGGAGAGAUUCCUUACAAUAUUGGCUUUCUCCAAGUUGCUACUCUGUCACUUCAAGGAAACAGAUUGACUGGUAGAAUUCCAGAAGUUAUUGGUCUAAUGCAGGCUCUUGCUGUUUUGGAUUUGAGUGACAAUGAGCUUGUUGGUCCUAUACCACCGAUACUUGGCAAUCUCUCAUUUACCGGAAAGUUGUAUCUCCAUGGCAAUAAGCUCACUGGUCCAAUCCCAUCCGAGCUUGGGAAUAUGUCGCGUCUCAGCUAUUUGCAGCUAAACGACAAUAAACUAGUGGGAACUAUUCCACCUGAGCUUGGAAAGCUGGAACAAUUGUUUGAACUGAAUCUUGCCAACAACCGUUUAGUAGGGCCUAUACCAUCCAACAUUAGUUCAUGUGCAGCCUUGAAUCAAUUCAAUGUUCAUGGGAACCUCUUGAGUGGAUCUAUUCCACUGGCGUUUCGUAAUCUCGGGAGCUUGACUUAUCUAAAUCUUUCGUCGAACAAUUUCAAGGGAAAAAUACCAGUUGAGCUUGGACAUAUAAUCAAUCUUGACAAACUAGAUCUGUCUGGCAAUAACUUCUCAGGGUCUAUACCAUUAACGCUUGGUGAUCUUGAACACCUUCUCAUAUUAAAUCUUAGCAGAAACUAUCUUAGUGGACAAUUACCUGCAGAGUUUGGGAACCUUCGAAGCAUUCAGAUGAUUGAUGUUUCAUUUAAUCUGUUGUCCGGAGUUAUUCCAACUGAACUUGGCCAAUUGCAGAAUUUAAACUCUUUAAUAUUGAACAACAACAAGCUUCAUGGGAAAAUUCCAGAUCAGCUUACGAACUGUUUCACUCUUGUCAAUCUGAAUGUCUCCUUCAACAAUCUCUCCGGGAUAAUCCCACCAAUGAAAAACUUCUCACGUUUUGCUCCAGCCAGCUUUGUUGGAAAUCCGUAUCUUUGUGGAAACUGGGUUGGAUCUAUUUGCGGUCCUUUGCCGAAAUCCCGAGUAUUCUCCAGAGGUGCUGUGAUCUGCAUUGUUCUUGGCGUCAUUGCUCUCCUAUGUAUGAUUUUCCUAGCAGUUUACAAAUCGAAGCAGCAGAAAAAGAUUCUAAUAGGCUCCUCAAAACAAGCCGAAGGCUCAACCAAGCUAGUGAUUCUCCACAUGGACAUGGCAAUUCAUACAUUUGAUGAUAUAAUGAGAGUAACCGAGAAUCUUAGUGAAAAGUUUAUAAUUGGAUACGGUGCUUCUAGCACGGUAUACAAAUGUGCAUUGAAAAGUUCCCGACCUAUUGCCAUUAAGCGACUCUACAAUCAGUAUCCGCAUAACUUGCGGGAAUUUGAGACAGAACUCGAGACCAUAGGAAGCAUCAGGCACAGGAACAUAGUCAGCUUGCAUGGGUAUGCCUUGUCUCCUAUUGGCAACCUUCUUUUCUAUGACUACAUGGAAAAUGGAUCACUUUGGGACCUUCUUCAUGGUUCACUGAAGAAAGUGAAGCUUGAUUGGGAGACGAGCUUCGGGAUUGUUCUUCUUGAGCUUCUUACUGGGAAGAAAGCAGUGGAUAACGAAGCUAACUUGCAUCAACUGAUAUUGUCAAAGGCUGACGAUAAUACUGUGAUGGAAGCAGUUGAUCCAGAGGUUACUGUGACAUGUAUGGACUUGGGACAUAUCAGGAAGACAUUUCAGCUGGCUCUCUUAUGCACAAAGCGAAACCCUUUAGAGAGACCCACAAUGCUUGAAGUCUCUAGGGUUCUGCUCUCCCUUCUUCCAUCUCUGCAAGUAGCAAAGAAGCUGCCUUCUCUAGAUCAAUCGAACAAAAAGCCGCAGCAAGAGAAUGUAGUAAGGAGUCCUGAGGCAGAAGCAUCGCAAUGGUUUGUUCAGUUCCGUGAAGUCAUCUCCAAAAGUAGCAUAUAAAGAUUUCAGCUUUAAAAAGAUUCCAGGGUUUGUUUAGUUUCUUGUUUCCCAAGGAAAAAAUAGUGUUGCUGAUU